AUGUCGACCCGUCACCCUACACGUCCACGUCGCAUCGAUGAUGCUCUUUCGCAACUCGUCGACUCACUCACCCCUCCGCUGCCUCUAUCCGCCAUUGGCGACGAUUACUCGGGCGAUGCUGAAGAAGCCCUAGGCGCGGCAGAAGUGCAGCGCCACCAGGUCCUUCUCGAGCGGGCAUGGCACACGCUUGGUGCCCAAGCGAACUCCGCAGAUAAUCCUGCUUCGCCGUCAGGGAGCCGUGGUAUAGACCGUCGAGGAAGCCUGGCUGGGGGAGAAAACAUCAAUAACGCGUCGGACCUGAUAAAGCGGAAACUAUUGCGUGAGAAUGCGAGCCCCGAUAAAGCUGUUCGGUUUUCGAACCUAUACUCUCGACUCUUGACCCAACCAGUGCUCUCUCAAAAAUGGGGGAUACUGUAUCUUCUCUACCGAUUGUCGGGUACGGAAACCGCUGAGGGAGUACUGGAUGAGGACGAAAGGCCACGCAGCCCGCUGAUGGACCAGGCGAAACUACAAAGGAUGCUGGCAAAGGACCAAAGAGGGGGCAGCGGGCUAGCAGCAGGUUCGGAUGAGGAUGGUCCAGCUGUGAGCUCCUCGGCAUCCCAAAUGGCUGCACGCGUCGAGCGGAAAACCUCACUGCGGCGGCCAGACCUAGAGAGGGAGCGAGAUGCGGAUCGUGGUUCAGGAUCUGAACGACCGCCGCGUACGAGCCGACAUCACGACUCGGGGCCAAAAGAAACUCGAACGGAGGAACACGAGACGGAAAACAACCAAGAGCUAGCGCGGCCAAUUGAAUCCAGCCUGUUGCGAGAUCUUCCUUUCAACUUACAAGGUUUAUCUUCUUCAGAUUUACAGUUCAUGUCUGCCUCGACACUCAAAUUGCCGCCAGGGUUGCCCCUUCCCAUGGUGUCCCUUCUGAACACCCUAGCUGAGCCAUGUUUACUUUAUCGAGGCCUAUCUACUUUUGUUGACGGCAGUGGUGGUGGUCUCAUUAGUCAGAGCUUGCGGGCUGCCCUUGCAAAUGAGCUUCGUUCUUACCUGGGUUUGGUAGCGACACUGGAGGGUGAAAUUCGCAGAGCACUGGCUGCGCCUGUUGGACCAAAUGGUCCGAAGAGUGCUGUGACGCUGAAGAGAUGCGUUGUCUGGACAAGAGAUGCGACAAUGGCGCUGCGGCUGAUGAGCUUAAUUGUGGAGGAAGCACACAGUACGUCAAAGCAUCCAAGUUGGAGAUUCAACUGA